ACGGAGGGCCCGGUGACGGGAAGUGACGCAGGUCCUGUGAGUUGUUGCCAUGUGAGUUUCAGGUCUCCCUUCCUGGUGUCCCGCGUGGAGCCCGCGAGGCUGCGGGAGCCGCUGCGAGGGGGCGUGGCGCCGGCUGUUCCCCCGCGCUUUCCCGGUCACGCGCAGCCGCCUGCGGGGCCGCCAAGAUGGGCAAGAAGAACAAGAAAGAGAAGAAGGUGAAGGGGGCCGAGAAGACCGCCGCCAAGAUGGAGAGGAAAGUGUCCAAGCGCUCCAGGAAGGAGGAGGAGGACCUGGAAGCUCUAAUAGCACAAUUUCAGACCUUAGAUGCCAAAAAGACCCAGAUCAUAGAGACACCAUGCUCUCCACCUUCCCCGAGGUUGAAUGCUUCCCUGUCUCCUCAUCCUGAGAAAGAUGAAUUAAUCCUUUUUGGAGGUGAAUAUUUCAAUGGCCAAAAAACUUUUUUAUACAAUGAACUAUAUUUCUACAGUAUUAGAAAGAAUACCUGGACAAAAGUUGAAAUCCCCAAUCCACCUCCAAGGCGCUGUGCUCAUCAGGCAGCAGUGGUCCCUCAGGGAGGCGGACAGCUGUGGGUGUUUGGAGGAGAAUUUGCUUCUCCUGAUGGAGAGCAGUUCUACCACUAUAAAGAUCUCUGGGUCCUGCAUUUGGCCACCAGGACUUGGGAACAAAUCAAGGCAACAGGGGGACCUUCAGGCAGGAGUGGACAUCGAAUGGUGCGUUGGAAGAGACAGUUGGUCAUCUUUGGUGGGUUCCACGAGAGUACAAGGGAUUACAUCUAUUACAAUGAUGUGUAUGCCUUUAGUCUGGACACGUAUACAUGGAGCAAGCUCUGUCCGUCAGGGACGGGUCCCACUCCGAGAUCUGGCUUUCAGAUGUCUGUCUCCUCCGAGGGCACCAUCAUCAUCUACGGUGGCUACUCCAAACAGAGAGUGAAGAAGGAUGUUGACAGGGGCACUCUGCAUUCGGACAUGUUCCUGCUCAAGUGUGAGGAAGGCAAGGAAGAAGGCAAGUGGACGUGGACCCGGGUCAGCCCCUCCGGAGUAAAGCCUACUCCCAGGUCUGGUUUCUCUGUGGCCAUGGCUCCCAAUGGGCGGACGCUGCUCUUCGGGGGCGUUUGUGACGAAGAAGAGGAGGAAAGCAUCAAGGGGGACUUCUUCAAUGACCUGUACUUCUAUGACAUUGCCAAGAACCGCUGGUUUGCAGGACAGCUGAAGGGCCCUAAGACAGAGAAGAGGAAAUGCAGGCGAGGCAAGAAGCCACAGCCCGACAGUGUCGAGAGUCAGGAGAGGGUAGAGACCCACCCCCAGCAGCUGCAGGAGGAGAUCAAAGAGGUCGUGGCCGAGGAUGGAACGGUCGUGACCAUUAAGCAAGUGAUCCCUGUCGCUGGGACAUCAGCAGUGUCUCAGUCUGAAGAGGAGGAUGCUUCUGAUGAGGCCGGCAGCCCUUUGGUGGAGCCCUGUGCUCGCUCGAAUGCCAUGCUGGCGUUGAAGCAAGGGGUGCUCUACGUCUAUGGGGGCAUGUUUGAAGCUGGGGACCGCCAGUUCACGCUGAAUGACUUCUACUGCAUUGAUCUGCACAAGAUGGAGGAAUGGAAGGUCUUGGUAGACAUGGAUCCCAAAACUCAAGAAUGGUUGGAAGAAAGUGACUCAGAAGAUGAAGAUGAAGUAGGAGGAGCAGAAGGGGGAGAGGAGGAAGAGGAAGAUGAGGAAACAGAGGAAGAAAGUGAAGAGGAUGAAGAAGGCAGUCAGCACCCAGCGGUCAAGCCUAAUGAAAAAUACAGCGACUAUUUGCCUCGGACUGAAGAGUAUUGGGUGAAGGUCGCUCGGAACAACAUGGGGCCUGAUGCAAAGGACAAGAAGGUGAUCAGAGUAGCCCAUGCCAUGGCCAAGACUUUUUAUGGUGAUUCGGUUUAAGGACAAAUCUGGUGUUUGCUUCUCAGAAUGGGCAAAGUCGUUGAAAUCAUUAACGUUAUUGAAAAGGUUGCUUCUGAAUAAAUUGAGCCCGCUGCUAAGAGGCUUACAAGGUCUUUAAAACCCUGGGAAGAGCAGCGCCUCUGGGUCACUCGGCUGCUCUUGUCCUCUCCUCCUGGGGCAUUGGGAUCAGGGCAGCGCAUGGAGCGGACCUCCCAUUGGCCAGGAGUGUAUGCAGAAACAGUCUGGCUGGGCAUGAGGGCCAGCCCUCGUACGUGAAGGAGGGGGGAAUGAAGAGGUCCUCAUGAGCUAUCAGGAGGCUGGGAGGCCUUUGGGAGCGCUCUUCCUCCAGAAACUGUGCUGGGAAACCCCUUCACUCUUUGGUUCGCUAGAAGCCUGGAGGUUUCAGCACAUGUAACCUCUGAACCCUCAGGGAGCAGCCCCAGGACGCUAGUGAUUGUUCCAAAAUAAAGUGUUGUGUUAGGUUCACGUGA